AUAAAACUGUCACUGAAUGUUGUCUAUGGUUGUACCUGACAUAACCUCAAAAUAAUUAAAAAUAAACAUUAGAAUAAAAAAAAUACUGAUUAAAAGAGCAGUGCUAUUUAGUAUCAAUUUUUAUCUUUGCAUAAAUUCAUUGCUAUGUCAGCGGCAAAACGAGUUCAGCAAUGGGCCACAUUCGCACGCACUUGGCACAUAUUUGACUGCAAAUGGCAGGACCCUUAUGAGUCUGCGAACAUUAUUAAGAAGUAUCUUAUGGGAUUGCACAAACCCAUCUACCAUCCAAUGAAUGACUGCGGCGAUGUUGUCGUGUGCAUAAACAGCCGGGACAUUGCUUUGAGAGGUGAUGAUUGGCGGCAAAGAGCUUAUUUCCACCACACUGGGUACCCUGGUGGUGCUAGCUGGACUCUUGCUUGGGAGUUGCAUAACAAGGACCCUACUUUGAUUAUUAAGAAAGCUGUCUACAGAUCAAUGAAAGGCAAUCUCCAAAGACGCCACACCAUGGAAAGGCUAUUUGUCUAUCCCGGUGGAAUUAUACCAGAAGAUAUUCUCCAGAAUGUGAGCAACCAGAUCCGCCAGAUCCGCAAAGUUCCGGACAGACUUGACCACAUACCUGAAGAGGAAGUGAAGAAAUUCCCUAAAGUCAUGGAGUAUCCUGAAGACUAUGUCCUCAAAUAAGUGUUUUUUAAUAUAUGUAUAUAUUAUAGAUUAGGAUAAAAGUGUAGUAAAUAACAUUUUGAAGUCUAGUUUAAUUGUUUACUAGUGACCCUUUGCACGAGUUAUGCAAGAAUAGAAUCAUUCUAUUGACAGGUGAAAACCGCAUGAAAAUCCUUUCUGAGUUUAUCUCAAACACACAGACAGACGCGGCGGGGGCUUUGUUUUAUGAGUUGUAGUGAUUUACUUAUUAUACUGAUGGUAUAUAUUUACUGACUUUUUUUUAUCUUUAUGAUCCUGUAAUGAGAUCAUAAAUUGUAAUAUUUAUGCAUUCAUAAGUGCAUAGUCAUGUCUUUAAAUUGAAGACUAACAUUUUUAAUUUUUUUUAAAUGUAGUAGGGAGAAGGAACUCGUUUUUUAUAAUAACUAAGUUCCUUAUGUUAUUUUUACAGUUAGUUUAUACCUAUACCUAUUGACGUGGUUCCAAGUUCAAACUGUUUGAAUCCCAAGAAAGUCUGUAGUCUAUUUGCUGACAUGUUUUUAGGGUACCAUAUUUUAAAACGAUUGCUGCACCAUCUACGUUAUGCAUUGCACGUUUAUCCUCAUUAAAUAAUCUGCGUUUGUAUAAUUUUGUUCCUUUGCUUCAAAGACGUCAUCUGACGCGUUCGGCUACAGCCUAAUUUAAUCUUCGUGCAAUCCGACAAGGUCCACGAUGGCGAAGGCGUGGCGUUAAAAGGGUUAAGGAAUAGUGUCAAUGAUUUCACGGUUUCCCUACAUAAAGUACAGAUUUUGGUGUUCUAAAUUCUAUAGGCUCGAUUUGAAUGGACAUGAUUCACAUAAUUAAUAAAUAUUAUAAAAUGAUAAGAUAACGAUAGCAUACAUAAAGCUUUUAAAAAUGAUGCUUCUCUUUCUAUCGUUAUCUUUAGCUUUCGAGAACUGUGGCAUUCUAACCUGCGUAAUAUUUGAAGUGGGCUUUAAUACUAUAGUGUGUCUCUAGGCUUCAGUUGACUAGAAAAUCCAUGGAGUGCGCUCAGUGGCUAUGCGAAACCGGAAGGUAAUGCGUCACUGAGGUCAACCGCACUGAUCGUAUAGAGCACAAUUUGUUAUAACAAUGUAUCAAGUAUGUGUUGAGUAUCGCCCUAAGAACUGCUCUUGAACCACACAACGCCUAACCGCAGGCGGCAUCCAGUUUUGGGUGACAAGACAAGGCGGCUCAUUAAAUAAAGAUGUCACAUGCUUUCGACCACCACUAAGUAUAAGGGUUGUGUAAUUAGGUAUUUGUAGAAUGCAUUCAAGUAAAAUAAAACUAUUUUUAAGUUUG